AUGUGUGUGACCUUUGUGUGCCGGGGCCCUCCCGGAAAUUAUGUGUUCCGGCUGGAGAAGGAUGGAGGAUCCUCAUAUCCGUAUGUGAAGAACUCUUCGGGAACGGAGACACAGGCCAGAUUCCCCAUCUCCUUGGUGACCAAAGACACCGCAGGGCAUUACUGCUGCCUCUAUUACACAGGCGAUGUCUGGUCUGAGCGCAGCGAGGUUCUGAAGCUGGUGGUGACAGGCGCCACUGAAUUCCCUGGAGACCUGGGUCUUGCGUGA